UAACAACACACGAUGUGUAAGUUCAAAAGUUCAAACAAGUAACCGCAUCAUCAACGUACGGUAAAUUCGUUGUUCAUUAACUUUGCUUAUGAACUCCGCUGGUUUACAGGCAAGAUAGUAUAGGCUUGGUCGUUUCCAGUUAUGCUGCAGGUGUUCAAAAAUUGUGUUGCAUCCUCUUUGCUGACAACUAAUAGACGGCUGAUUGCAGUUCAAUCAAGAAGCAUGGGAAAACUUGACGGCAAAGUUGCGGUUGUCACGGCAUCUACCGAGGGAAUUGGUCUUGCAAUUGCCAAGAAACUAGGAAAAGAUGGUGCACAUGUUGUUAUUAGCAGUCGAAAGCAGAAAAAUGUUGACAAAGCAUUACAGGAAUUAAAAGCAGAAAAUCUGAGUGUUUCUGGAAUGGUUUGUCAUGUUGGCAACGGUGACCACAGAAAAGCUCUUUUUGAAAAAGCUGUUUCUGAUUUUGGUGGUCUGGACAUUCUUGUAUCAAAUGCAGCUGUGAACCCUUAUUUUGGGACAUUGAUCACUACACCUGAGCAAGCAUUUGACAAAAUCAUGGAAAUAAAUGUAAAAGCAGCAUAUUUGCUUGUGAAAGAAGCAGCACCUUAUAUAGAGAAAAGAGGCAAAGGCUCAAUUGUAUUAGUGUCAUCGAUCGGUGGUUUAGUACCAUUUUCUAUGUUGGGAGCAUAUUCAAUAAGCAAGACUGCUUUGUUAGGUAUGAACAAGGUUCUUUCGAGUGAGCUGGCACCAAAUAAUAUUAGGGUUAACUGCAUAGCACCAGGCAUCAUCAAGACAAAGUUUAGUGGAGCGCUGUGGACUUCACCCGAGCAAAAAGAGAUUAUAGAAUCAACUAACCCAAUGAAUAGGCUUGGUGAACCAGAUGAAUGUGCCGGUAUUGUUUCUUUCCUAUGCUCAGAAGAAGCUUCUUUUAUAACUGGAGAAACGAUUGUUAUAGCAGGAGGAGCUCAGUCCAGACUCUGAAGUUACAUUUUUUGUAGAUAUAUGCAAACUUUAAUUUAUCUUUUGAUUUAAAAUCAUUUUUAUAUUCAUAAUCCUCAAUCUCCAAUUUCUGCAAUACCUCCAUGUGAUUAUUUUUUGUUGCUUCCAUUCGUGCUUACCUUUCCUUUGCAACGGUUGAAAUGUAUACAAAUAUAGAUAUAUAGGUAAAUAUA